AUGAGUCCACCGCAGCCCAAAUGGGUCGUCGAUCUUAACAACGGCUUUCCCUCCAAACCUAAAAAUGUCGGUGCCGUCCCAGAUCCUCCAGGCUUUGCGGCCUCGAAGUCUGUCAGUGGAAAGCAGAAGGCACAAGGCUCUGGAAGAAAGGCUCCGACACCAGAGGAAACAGAAACCCUGAAAUUGAAAAAGGCUUGGGAAGUCGCGCUUGCGCCAGCAAAGCAGCUCCCCAUGCAAGCCAUCAUGGGAUACAUGUCUGGCAACUCAUUACAAAUAUUCUCGAUUAUGAUGGUCUUUAUGCUUUUCAAAAAUCCUAUCCAAGCCAUUUCGCAGACAAAUAUGGCAUUCUCAAAAUUCGAAAGCGCCGGCAAUCGCUCUCAAAUACUUGGAGUCAAGGCAGUUUACGUUCUGAUGCAAUGUCUCCUACUCGGACUGGGCAUUUACAAAGUGAAUAGUAUGGGCUUGUUACCUACAACAAGGAGCGACUGGCUGGCAUGGGAGUCGGAAAGACAACCUCUGGAGAGAGCAUACUUUGCCUUUGGUCGGUGA